CGUUUUUUCAUGUUUGGUGAUCUUCAGCUUUAUGUUUUUCAAUCUUUCCCUUCAUGCAGUAGGAUUAGUAGUAACAACUUCACGGGAAGAAUACCUGAUUAUUUGGAAAAUUUUAAACAACUUGAGGAAUUAGAGAUCCAAGCUAGUGGUCUCCAUGGGCCCAUUCCGUCUAGCAUUUCUGUCUUGAGUAAUUUAACAGAACUAAGGUUCAGUGACUUAAAUGGAGGGGGUUCAAAAUUUCCAAACUUGAGUAAUAUAAGGGGCAUGAAAGACUUGUACGUCUUGAAACUGUUCUACAUUUUCAUGUUGUAAUGCAAGACUCUUAGCUGAGUCAGGCUAAUAAUACGAAGUUAUGUUGCAGAAUG